GCAUGUCUUUUCAACCUCCAGGUUCUGCAAAAUACUGAGGAAAAGUCCGGGGACUAACGGCGGGCGCUGUCGAGCACGGGGAGGUGCUGAAACAGUCCUGGCUUGCUGGUCCAAGCUUUGAUUGGCAGAGCCAGCCGGUGACUGACAAGGGGUCUCCAUGGCGCCCGCGCCGCCAAUCCGCCCACCCCAGUAGCUGAGCCAGCUCUCCUGGCGGCGUGCUUGGGCCGAGCCAAGCCCGAACCCCAAGCCGCGGAGCCAGCACCUCCUCCAGUCUGGUCCGCCCGCUUCCGGCCGUUGCGCCACCGCCGCCACCAGUCGUGUGUCCCCGCUGCCCCAAUCCGCCUCAUCGACAAGAGCCUGGCGCACUCAGCUAGGCCCGCGGGCAUCUGCUGCGUGUCCCGCUCCGGGCUCAGUGCCCUGGCCGCUGCCGGCGCUGCCUCGAUGUUCCAGCUGCCCAUCUUGAAUUUCAGCCCCCAGCAAGUGGCCGGGGUAUGCGAGACCCUGGAAGAGAGCGGCGAUGUGGAGCGCCUGGGUCGCUUCCUCUGGUCGCUGCCCGUGGCCCCUGCGGCCUGCGAGGCCCUCAACAAGAAUGAGUCGGUGCUGCGCGCAAGAGCCAUCGUGGCCUUUCACGGUGGCAACUACCGAGAGCUCUACCAUAUCCUGGAAAACCACAAGUUCACCAAGGAGUCGCACGCCAAGCUGCAGGCGCUGUGGCUUGAAGCACACUACCAGGAGGCUGAGAAGCUGCGUGGAAGGCCCCUGGGGCCGGUGGACAAGUACCGAGUAAGGAAGAAGUUCCCGCUGCCGCGCACCAUUUGGGACGGCGAACAGAAGACACACUGCUUCAAGGAGCGCACGCGGCACCUGCUACGCGAGUGGUACCUGCAGGAUCCAUACCCUAACCCCAGCAAAAAGCGUGAGCUCGCCCAGGCAACCGGACUGACUCCCACGCAGGUGGGCAACUGGUUCAAAAACCGCCGACAAAGGGACCGAGCGGCUGCAGCCAAGAACAGACUCCAGCAGCAGGUCCUGUCACAGGGUUCCGGGCGGGCACUACGGGCGGAGGGCGACGGCACGCCAGAGGUGCUUGGCGUCGCCGCCAGCCCGGCCGCCAGUCUAUCCAGCAAGGCGGCCACUUCAGCCAUCUCCAUCACGUCCAGCGACAGCGAUUGCGACAUCUGAGUUGCCCAUCCAGGAUGCUAAGAAGCAGAUUCCAGUGUAAAAACGAGAAAAACAAAAUGAAAGAGGGAAAGAAGAUGAGAGACCUGAAAAUCCAGCGCCAGAGAAGCCAGGUGACCAGAGACCCGCGCGCUCGGGUUGCCGUUUCCCGCCCCACACCGCGGCCGGCCUGGCUCCACUGGCGCCCUUUGGCCGCGACCACAGGAACCCGCGGUGAGGCCUGACCCAGCACCACGUUCUUCUCGCUUUGCUUUUUCCUAAGGAUUUUGCUGCAAAGUCGCCUUCGGAACCGAACUGCAAGCUGAGCGCCUGCCCAGAUUCUCCCAUGGGUAUUUCACGUCGAAAGGACGCUGUUAUAUAUGUAUAACUUUUGCUUUAAAGUUUUUUUUUUUAACAAAACAUAUAUAUGCUGUUUAUUUACUUAUUUAAGAGACCGCCAUGGUAGGUUUCUCUGUAGCUUGGGGAACUUGCUGUUUCUAAACAUGCAGGCUGGUGCUGAUGGGUUCUGUGUGGAGAAGCCAAACAAUAAAACAACCUAGUGGGCAACCUUCUUAAUUAAGG